AUGACGAAGCGGCUCACUGUAUCCAGAUUGAAGGAGUUGCAAGAACGUGAUAGUAGUCAUCAUGUGUCUCUGCGUGAGUCGCUAUGGAAAUAUCUAAAUGAUGACAUGCACACCGAUUUCGAGAAGGAAAUACUAGCCUUAAAGCCAAACGAUUGUCUGAUCGUUCAAAAAUACACAUCGGUUCAAAGUUUUCCAAUUGAAAAUAGACCACAUUUAAAGGAGGUGUCGGUAGCUACGCUGUAUAGUGAGCAUCCAUUGCGAGAAUUCCACAAACGAAUACUUAAGGGUACCUCUGAAUUAGACCAGAAGAAGCUAGUAAUUGUUAAGGAACAAUUAUUGAAGAUCGACACUUUACCAGUUCUAGUGUUUAUACAUGGGUUAGGUGGACAAAUGUCACAGUUUGAGCCGAUAUUGCAAGAACUUAGGAAUUGCUCAGAUAUGUUUGCGAUUGACCUUCCAGGGUUUGGUAAUUCCAAGAGACCAAGUAGAAACGACCCAAGCAAGACCCUGAAGUUUAGUUCGUUGUCAGAGUAUUCGAAAGAUGAUUUACUUAGGAUAGAGAAGUGUUUGGACGAUAUGAGGGACGAAGAUUUCCAAACCGAUCAACUCGUGGAUAUGCUAUAUCAGAUAUUAAUGUAUAGGUUCCCUUCUCGGAAAUUCAUACUUCUCUCACAUUCGAUGGGUACACAUAUAUCUAUCAAAUUAGUCAACAGGCUAUCAGAAGGGAAGGUGGAGUCCGUUGUUAUGUUAGCGCCGCCGGCAAUACACCAGCCGCAUGAACACCCUAGUCUUAUCAAACGAAUGGGAUUGAACAGAAGGAUGUUCCUGGAUCUAUUCUGGUAUAUGCCUGGGUUGUUUGACUACUUUAGAGUUUUUGACCGAAAGAAUGGGUUGUAUUCAAAGAGUGUGGAGAGUUAUAUAUACUGCGGGCAAAGUGAGGAAGAUGAUAUCUUGAAGAGACUAACGCAGCUAAGGUGGAAUUUGGAUACUGAUUCCAAGGUUUUCUUGAAAUACCUAUUUGGAUUCCACUGUGCAAGCGAAAAUGAGCUAAAGAAGAUGUGUUUGAGACUGAACAGCAGAAGGAUGUUUUUAUGUUGCGGUGAAGAAGACCAGACUACUCCAAUCAAGUAUUCGUUGCAUAUCCGAGAUAUGAUUGAAGGGUUUGCUGAAGAUGGUGUCAACAUCAGAGUUGACUUUGAGAGCAUUACACAUGCCAAUCAUUCCAUCUUUUUGGACAAGCCGAACUUAUUGGCUGGGUCGAUUUAUCACUUUAUUGAAAGUCUACACUUGAACAUCAGUUGCACAUGGGUAUUACAAGUCAAAGCGUUGAUAUCUGGCGACAAAUGGGGUCUGAAAAAUGAGGAGAAGUGGAACAAGGUUGUUACGAUAUCCAAGCCAAUGACAAACAAAACGUCUCCGGAGAAGCCCAGGAGUUUCCUUAUAGCGAUGAAGACGCUCAGGCAGACGGAUGCUGUUCACAACCCGAAGAGGUUUGAGAGUGAUCAUCCUGAGGUAUUUGCCAUUAUAGAUAUAGGAUCGGAUACGCCAUCCUAUGACCCCAAUGAUUUUGUGCGGAUCAAGUACGUGAAAUACAAGACAGAAUCCAAAGUCACGCCGGACAACAUAACCAUUGUGAAAUUUUUGGAGAUUGUUGAUAAGUUAUUAGAGGAGAGAGCCAAUGCGGGACAGUUUGUUGCAGUGCACUGCCAUUAUGGGCAAAACCGAACGGGCUUUCUUAUCUGCUGUUACUUGAUUGAGAAGCUUGGAUGGUCAGUUGCAGAGAGUAUAGAGGCAUUUGAGAUUAGCAAGCCACCGGGUAUCAAGCAUGUACAUUUUAGAAACGCCCUUUAUCUUAGGUACGAGAGUUAG